UCCGGUGCUUGUGACGCACGCACGGGCGAAGCAUCAGCCUAGCAGUCGCAGCCUGAAAUUCUCCACCCAUUCACUCGUCAGCACAGAUACAGCACUCUCCGCCUUCUCGAUCCCAAAUUCCCCAGAACCUCAGAAGAACCCAAGAGAAUCGGCCAGCGCCACGCAGGGGCCAAGAAAAUGCUCCUCCUCUUCCUCCUCGCCCUCCUCGCCGGCGCCGCUGCCUUCCUCCUCUUCAAGUUCGCCACCGUUGUCGAUGGGGACUUGACGCUCGUGUCGCGCGGCCCGCCGCGGCGGGAGAGGGUGGACGGCAAGGUCGUGUGGAUCACUGGAGCGAGUCGCGGGAUUGGAGAGGUUCUUUCAAUGCAAUUUGCAAAUUUAGGAGCAAAGCUGAUACUAUCUGCUCGCAACAAGGAUGAGCUUGAGAGAGUGAAACAGAACAUCCUCAGCAAGAAUCCAGAUAGCAGGAUUGAAGUGUUACCCAUGGAUUUAUCAGCUGGUGAAGAAUCUCUGAAACAAGUUGUACAUGCAGCAGAAUCACUAUUUUCUAAUGCAGGCAUUGACUAUAUGAUCCAUAAUGCAGCCUUCGAGCGUCCUAAACGGGGGGCACUGGAAGAAAGUGAGGGAGGUCUCAAGGCUACUUUUAAUGUCAAUGUCAUUGGAACUAUUAAUCUAACUCGCCUUCUUGCACCUUACAUGCUGGAUAGAGGGAUGGGUCAUUUUGUUGUGAUGAGCAGUGCGGCUGGGAAGGUUCCUGCUCCUGGUCAGGCUGUUUAUUCUGCAUCCAAACAUGCUCUCAAUGGAUACUUCACUUCUCUGCGUUCUGAGUUGUGUACAAAAGGCAUUAAAGUGACUGUAGUCUGCCCCGGACCAAUUGAAACACCACAAUCUUCUGCUGCAGCCUCUUCAGUACAAAGGCAUUCUUCUGAGAAACGUGUUUCGGUGGAAAGAUGUGCUGAACUGACCAUUGUUGCAGCAACUCAUGGCCUGAAAGAAGCAUGGAUAUCAUAUCAGCCUGUGCUGACUGUUAUGUACUUGGUGCAAUACAUGCCAACAAUUGGUUACUGGCUUAUGGAUAAGAUUGGUGCAAAACGGCUGGACGCGGCCGCAAAGAAAGGCAACACCUAUAGUUGGAAUCUCAUUUUCGGUGGCAAGAAGUCAGCAUAACCAAGUUGCGCAUGGCUCCCGCUCAGGGAUGAGCGCCACAAGUCACUGUAUGCUCAUAUGCAAAAAGGUCAAAUUGAAAGGAACAUAGCAUCUAUAGCAGCUUUAUAGUUUAGUGAAAAAAUGGUCUCAUUGUUAUGACGCACUGAGGUAUGAUUAAAGUUGAAGCAUGUUGAACCGAUAGGGCCUGUUUGGUUUCCUUUGCUUAUCCAUAAGCAACUUAAAAAUAAGCAAAUAAGUUGCUUAUAACCCAAA